CAAUAUUACACAUCUGAGAGCGGGAGAAGUGUGUGAAAGUCUAGGAUUAGGAGUAAAUUUGAAGGUGAAAUUAGAGUCAGGUGAUGGAAUGACUAUCAGGUGCGAGUGAUUGGGCGCUGUGUUUUAUUUAACGAACGGGGAUCUAGCUAUCAAAGUCUGAUCUUCACAACUCGUUUAUGGAAGUGUAUCACGGCACGAACAAAGGAGAGUUCUGAGGACCUCAGAAAAAGAGUUGUUGAUGCUCAUCAGACUGGAAAAGGUUAUACACCAUCUCUAAAGAGUUUGGACUCCACCAAUGCACAGUCAGACACAUUGUGUACAAAUGGAGGAAGUUCAAGACCGUUGUUACCCUCCUCAGGAGUGGAGACCAACAAAGAUCUCUCCAAGAGCAAGACGUGUAAAAGAUUAUGUGGACAAGCCAGAAAUCUAUUGUAAAAAUAUUUUCUACAUGGAUGAGGCCAAAACAGAACUUUUUGGUUUAAAUGAGAAGGAAAACACUGCAUUCCAGCGGAAGAACCUUCUCCCAUCUGUGAAACAUGGUGGUGGUAGUACAGCUGCACAAUGGGGUCACGCCAGAUGCUGAAAGCAAAGGUUCACAUACUUCUACGACUCACAGAUAUGUCAUACUGGAUCAUUUUCCUCAAUAAACAAAUGACGAAGUAUAAUCCGUUUUAUAUCAUUUGUUUAAUUGGGUUCUCUUUAUCUACUUUUAGGACUCGUUAAACCUUGAUGUUGUUUUAGGCCAUAUUUAUGCAGAAACGUAGAACAUUCAACAUUCAAGCACCGCUGGAUAUAAGUAAUAUAUACUUCUAAAACUGAAAUGCACACACACACACACACACACACACACACACACACACACACACAAUGUCUAAAGAUCUGUCUACAGGACAUUUAAGAAAAAACCCAAGUUGUAUGAAUAAGAUAUUACUGGACGUGCCGUAUUCCAGACAGCAGGUAAGACAAUCGAACGUUAACACAUUACACAACAGUCUCGCUAUAAUGAAUAAUCUUAGUCUCUAUGUGUGAAUUUAGUCCUAGCUCAUAUUUAGACAGAGCCACAUCUCUCUUUCAGUACACAGUCCUGUUUUAUGACGAUGCAGUCCGUGCCUCUUUAGUAUUCAGCACAAUUCUACACUAGUAAAACUACUCGAUUUUUUUUUCACCCCCCUUUCUCUGCUGAUGUUAAGAGAUGAUGCUCACAAACAAAGCCUUUGGUUUUGUGUGCAUACGCAUACUCGCGACUUAUGGAAAGUGAAAAUGUAAAUCGGCGUCUGUUUAUGUUUUUCACCAUGUUGUUGUUGGUGUUGUUGUAAGCUGUUUAGCCCGAGACUGAUUUACAUAAGAGAUUAAGUUUUUCAGGGUUUGGUCCAGGUAAAGUUUUUAGAAACUCAGAAGCUGGCAGGGAAAAAACACAGAGCUACUGCGACGGCGGAGUUGAAAUUAUUGGAUUACAGGUACGUCUCGAUGUUUCAUGAUGGUCUUUAAUAUUUGUAUAGCUUUUCUGGUUAUGGCAGGACGUCUCCAUAUUCUCUGACCAGUUUUAUAUGUAUGUUAAAGCUUCCUGAAAGGUCUAUGCAUAUCUGUAUGUUGAUAUACUGUAAUUUUAGAAAAAAUCUGAAAUAAUUGUUUCUAACGGUAUUCUUUUCCCCCACAGAAGACAGUAUUUCAACGUAGUUUAAAUAGACUACUUAAAGCCAAUCAUCGUGUUUUAAACAAUAUCCCACUUCAAGUGAAAAAACGAUUCAUUAACUGAAACCGCUGUAGUAUUUUGUGGUGUUUAAUGUUAUUCUUUAUGAAAAUGUAAAGUUAUGCGUGGAUACGGAAAAUCGAUCACUUAAAAUGUUCUUCUUGCUCCCUAGCUACUAGUCCAUUAUGAAGGCAUAUCUCUUCCUCCUAUGCUUCAUAGGUGUUGUCCCAGCCACCCUAUCUCUUCUGCGACCUGUUGGUCACAAGUACUAUCUGAUCCAGAAUAAGGUGACAUGGCCAGUUGCGCAGAGCUACUGCAGGGAAACAUACGUUGACUUAGCUACUGUUGAAAGUGAGCUCGACUGGUUAAGACUAAAGGCAGAAGUGACAAGGGAAGGUCUGACAGAUGUUGCCUGGGUCGGCUUGUACUUUUAUAACAAUUGGCGCUGGUCCUUGGAGGAUGUCCCACUGACAAAUACUUUUCAGCAAUGGUACUCUGGACAGCCUGGUAGUAGUAUUGGGCCUCGAUGUUGUACAUCGGGCCCAUACGGAUACUGGUGGAAUUACCCUUGCACAGACCUGUAUCCCUUUAUAUGCUACAAUGCUAGUAACAGUGCUAGUGCCAAAUUUGUUGGUGUCACUUCUCGACUGACCUGGAAUGGAGCUCUGGCCUACUGCCGAAAGUUUCAUACAGAUUUGGCUUAUAUAACUUCUACAACCGACAACGAUGCAAUGCAGAGCAUAGCAUUCCGUCAGGGUAUGUCUUGGAUUGGCCCGUACACUGGCUUAUGGAUGUGGUCAGACGGGACAAACAUAUCGAGCCCCCAGUGGCUUUCUGGACAGCCUGAUUAUAGUUAUCAAAAUACAGACUGUGCUGUGCUCGGUAACGGCAUGUUCAGUGACACAGACUGCAGUACGCUCAACUAUUUCAUCUGUCACAUCACGGCUCCAGUGAGGGAGAGGCAGAUAAUGAAGCUGCGCGUGAAGUCUGACGGGAGCAUCUUUGAUUCUGAUGUGCAGUCGAGCAUUUUAGAGCUGAUCAAGCAGAAGCUGGAGGAAAAUGGCAUGCUGGAGAACACCACAGUGACCUGGAGGAAGCAGUCGGAUGGACAAAUCUUUCACAAGGAAGAAAACGCUCCCUAGAUGCUACUAAUGUACCAACGUGCUGAUAAAGUAAAUGUCGAGUGUCUGAGGCAAUGGAAAAGGAACGAGCACAGAAUUUCUUUCAUUACUAAAAUGUCUGUUGGUAAUAAUGUGGGUUAUAGUUUAUCUCCUGUUGAUUAUGUCUAUAUUAUAUUACAGUAGCUUCUUCACAUUUACCUACGCACAUGCAAUUGCAUAUUUAUCUAUUUUUAAACAUCCUGAUAUAUUCUGUCCUUUUAAACGUAUUCGUGUCAAAACAUUUGCCAAAUAUGCUUGUUUGCUUGCUAGAAACGAGGGAAUAAUUACUGACAGGACAGCACCAUGUUAUUCUUUCAAUGACAGCGAUGACAAGAUAAUUAAGCAAUAAAUAAUACCUGUAUAACCUUAUCUUUAUAGCAAAGAAGUUAUGGUAGCUUGGUAGUUGCUAUUUAUUUAAUAAUCCAUUUCUUUAAAGCUGUACAAGCUAUACCGGCUCAAUUACUUUGGGAUUUUGAUGUUAUUUUUGGGAGCAUUUAAAGAAAUAAAAAGCUUUAUUGAUUCGA